GAAGAGAAGAGAAGAAAAGAGAAGUGAAGAGGAACAGAGAGGAGAUAAGCGAAAAGAAAAAAAAGCCGACAGUUGGCUGACACACAAGCCCUUGGCCAGCGACACUUGUUUUUAAUCUCGUGUUUGGAAAGGACUUUGCCUCUGGACAGACCACAUAUGAAAGCAAUGCCUCUGUUUCCCAACCUUCUGACCCUCCUGGUGAUCUUCCCUCUGGCAGUGCCAGCCACCCGGGGACUGGCGCCCCGCCAUGGGCUCCACAAGACUUGCCCCAACUGCCCCAAGGACGCCAAGGGCCGGGGUGGUGCCGCCACAGUCCCCUCGGAGCGGCCAGGGGAAGACAGCACGGCGGCACUGGGCCAGGGGGAGCUGUGCGGAGUCUACACCCUGAGUUGUGCACGGGGGCUCCGCUGCAACCCCCCGCUGGGUGACCCCAACCCACUCCAUGCCCUGCUGCAGGGCCGGGGGAUCUGCAGUAGCCUCAGGAGCCCCGCCACAGGCAACCCGCAGACCACAGCUUCCCAACCAUCUACACCCAUUGGUGAUUUCCAGGGUCCCUGCCGUAAACAGCUCAACUCAAUUCUCCAAGGUCUGGAGCUAAAGAUCAUCCAGUCUGAUCAGGCCAUUUACAUCCCCAACUGUGACCGGAGAGGUUUCUACAGAAAGAAGCAGUGUCGCUCCUCAAGGGGCAUGCAGCGUGGUCAGUGCUGGUGUGUGAGUGAAACCGGAGCAGCGAUGCCGUCGAGAACAGCUGAAGACGGCACUGUUUCCUGCGACGGUGUGUGAAAAGGGAUGUUCACCACAGAGCCCUUGAGUCCCUCAAUCAAGAGUCUGUCUGUCUGUCUGUCUGUCUGUCUGGAGUUGUUUAGAGUUUGGGGUCCAGCUAAAAAACACAAACACAAGCACAUAGCGAUAGGCAAAGGACAUCUGGCCUUCCCAUGUGCAGGACUCCACUUGGUCAUGAAGCCUGACAAGGUUUAAAUGAGUUUUUGUCUCAUCUUAUCUUCCAUUGGUUAGAUGCACUUGUAUAUGACACUUUAAUACAUUUGUCUGCAUAAAUACAGUGUCAAUAUGUUUAGAGAUACAAAACUAGCAAAUGUAUUUACUGAAAGGCCUCAGCAAAAGAGGUGAAUUGACGCUAGAGGCCUUGAAAUCAAUUUGGUUUAAAAUGUGUAAAAAACUGGAAUCAAAGCACACUGCUAACAAAUUGACAAACCACACAGACGCUAAACCGUGAACUAUUUCUGAAUGUGUGCAAACCCCAACACUGAUGUGUAGUUUAGGUUGAAGACAGAUGCUACAUAACCUGUGCCUUUUCUGCACCACAGCCACCCAAAGCUUGCUAUGGUGUCAAGACAAAGCAAUCAAUGCUCUUAUCAAGAUACUUUUGUAUAUUUACUUUUUUAUAAGCCUAUAAGUUAAAUCGAAUUAUUUAACAAAACUUUGUAUUUUUAUAAUAUAAUUUCAUUAUUAUUUAUCUCUUUUGUGUACCUUUUGUACUAUGGUGAAAUCCCACCUCACGGGGUUAAAACUUUAAUGCCAUUUGCAAGCUGAUACCUGCUGAAAAAAGACUGAUUUUUAAAUAAAUACACAUUCUCAUUUAAGUACA